UGGAUUACAUGGAACUGUUCGCUCGCAUUGAAUGCCUUCAAACAGCUAAACAGCAUUGCAAUGACUUUUUGAAUCUGAAUCUGAAUGACUACCGAAAUGGUUGUCUCAUAAUGGAAAGGGAUAGCGUUAUGAGACAAAUACGAGCCCUUAAUAUACAAAUUGAUAUCACUAUUAGAUUCAAUCAGAAAAGAAUUAAAGGCUUUUUGCCAAACGAUGUCAUUUCUGAUACCGCAAAAGCACACAACACUCCGCCCACUAUUCUCGACCACAAUAAGGCGCGCGUCACUGAGUUAACCGCUUUGACUAUCAUAUCCUACGGCUCACAAAUUGCCGAAGGAUUCAGUAUUUCUCAAAUGAUGAUUAAGGAUCACAACUUAGAUGCGGCACAAGUGUAUCGACUCGCGGGCCGAUCUCUGGCCCGAUUGCCGGGAAUCAAUGUAUUGGAAUCGGUGUCUCAGCUAAUUGAAUGCAUUCGGGUCUCCAAAACGGGCGACACCACUGUAUGCGAUGAUGUGAUCGGCGCCUGUGUUCGCAACUCUUAUGAUUCCUUAUUAAUGGAUAAUUUGAUAAAAAUGCUGUCGAAUGACGUCAAUAAGAUUGACGCCUAUAUUAGAAACGAUAAACUAAAGUCAGCCUAUUUGUUGGCCUCGAAGGAGAAUCGGGUCACUGAUGUGCUCCGCGUUCUCGAAGCGGCCAAACGCUUGAAUAACAAGCAAAUGACCAAAAUAUGUGAACUAUGGCUGAAAAAGAAGAAACAAUUGCCGACUGAUAAU